GUGCGACCAACCGGCGGGAAGAUCUUUGGGAUGAAGGACGAGGCUGACGAGCGGACGACGUUCCUGUGGAACGCCGUGCAUGUGCUUGAGCGGAGCGUGAGGGUACUGGAGGACCAGAUCCAUCAGAUGAUUACGUUUCGGGAGCAGCGGGAUGUUCAUGUAGCCAAAGUGGCCAAAGCCCUCGAAGAAUGCGCUGCUCAAGAGAACGUGACGUCUUUGCAGCGGGCGUUUUCGACAUACGCCGAAGCGACGCAGACUCUGAGCACCGACACGCGCGAACUGUUGGUAGUUCGGCCUGAGCAGCAAGCAAUGGUAGAGUUAGCACAGAUUCAAGACUGGGCAAUCGUUCCCAUGAAGCGAUUAUUGGAGGACCGCGAUAAAGCAAUCAAGACACUCAAGAAGCUUCAAAAAGACGUCGAGGACAUUCUCCAGACGAACAAGGAACGAGAAAAGCGGCAACGCCUCGUGCAGGACCAGAAACGUCGCGUUGAGAAUGUGAAUUCGCUCGUGGACUUGCACAUGAAGCGCUUCGAGUACUUCCGCGUGGCGAAGCUAAAGGUCAUGUCAGAGCUAGCGAGGGCUCAGCUGUACUACCACUGCAGGGGUGUCGAGUACUUCUCCGCCCCCUGUCGGAUGGUGCCGUUGGUGGACCCGACAGCGGCGUCUGAGGACAUCGGGUUGAGCUUGUUCCGUUGCCAGCAACUCAAGCCUUGACCACCUGACGAUGAACGUGCUUUUGAUGUCGUAACGAGUCGAAUACAUCCUGUCCCACCACUGCUGUUGCUCGAGUCAUCCAACGAUACCUCGGCACAGCACUGAAAUAGCGCUUCUGAAGCGCAUGGCAGUCCAUCUAGACC